GGCGUAAGUAAAUAGGAAACGACACCCUUCAGGCUUCAAGUUCAGGCUUCUAGAAUACCAACCUGCUUAAUCCGACGGUCGACCUGCCCUGAUCCUGACCAUUCCGGCAACGGUCAAUUAAUGAUCCGUGACCGCCGUCAGUCAGUCGGUCGGUUCGUUCGGUUCGGACAUGAUUGGCAUCGAGCAUCGCGCAACCUGGUCUGUGGGAUUUUCUGGUUCAUUGGUUCGUUGGUUCGUUGGUUCGUUGGUUCGUUGGUUCGUUGGUUCGUUGGUUCGAUGUUGAUCCAUAUUCCAGCAGCCCUUUUUAGUUUUCCGUGUCUCGUUUGACACGGUUGUCGGUGUCAGGUGUCAGGUGCCAGCGUCAUG